AUGGAAAAACCUACCGCUAACGAGAGAAACAAAGAAGAUGCAGGCACCAUCUUAGCCAAAGGCCUCGUUCACUCGCACCGAGAAGAUCACGCUCAUACAGAGUGCUCACACCGAUCUGGGCCAGACAAGACCAUCCGCUUCUUCAGCGCAUCAGAACAAGCUGCUCUAGACAAAUUACAGUCUCAAGAGACCUUUUUAUCAGACAUCUCCCCAGAUAUACCUGCAAGAAACUUGCAGUACUCACUAAUUGCUUAUGCUAGAAACACCAAGAACCUGUUGAAGAGUAUGUUAGAAGAACAACAGAAAUCUAUUGACUUCCUCUCUAACCAGGUGAGUGAACUAACCAGUAAGGUUCUUCUUUUGAAUGUAGAAGUCACAAAAAGACAAUUGGAUAUGUUUCCUCAGAGACCAGCACAAACUCACGGUUUUGAUUGCACUGAUAUUAAAGACACUGUUGGCACCAUUUCAAAAGCUCCAAGUGGAAUGUACAUAAUACAACCUGAAGGAACUAAUUUCCCAUUUGAGGCAUUUUGUGAUAUGGAUUACAAAGGAGGAGGUUGGACAGUUAUUCAAAAAAGAAUGGAUGGUACAAUUGAUUUCCGAAGAACUUGGCUUGAAUAUUUAAAUGGAUUUGGUGAUCUAUCAGGGGAGUUCUGGCUUGGACUGAGGAAGACAUUUUGCAUUUUAAAUCAGAAAAACACAAGCUUCAUGCUGAAUAUUGCAUUUGAAGAUGAAGAUGGUAACUCUGCUUAUUCAUCUUAUGACAAUUUCUGGCUGGAAGACGAAACCAAUUCUUUUAUUAUGCAUGUAGGGCGUUACUCCGGAACAGCAGGUGAUGCUAUUCGAGGUUACAAAAAAGAAGACAAUCAAAAUGCAAUGCCUUUCAGCACAUUUGAUAUGGACAAUGAUGGAUGCAACCCCUUCUGCUCCAAGAAUGGCUCUUUAGUUAAAAGUUGCAGUAUGGUGAAUAACCGGAGUGGCUGGUGGUUUAACAAAUGUGGCUUAGCAAACCUUAAUGAUGUUCAUCAAGUUACAAGAAAUGUGGAUAUAUCAGGCAUUCACUGGAAAACAUGGGAAGAAAAUGGUUUACCUGUUAAAAUUAAAUCUGUGUCAAUGAAAAUUAGAAGAAUGUAUUAUCCUUACUUUAAAUGAUUGUUUGUAGCAAUGAAUAACGUUUGAAGUUCAACUAAGGUAAAUAGUUUAAUAUACAUAUUUAUUUAUAGUGAAACACACAGUCCCCUAUUGACAUCCAUAUAAAGGCACUUUCAGUGCCGUUUUUUUUUUUCAAACACCCCACAUUCCCUCACU